ACCGAAGGUAUUAGGCCGCGCAAGACGACGUCGUAUCCGUUAUCGCGUAACCCUCCCUUGUUCAUAUGUUCUUUUCGAAGAAAAACGCUUCUUCUGUACGUAUCAACCGUUACCGACGGCUGUGGCCCGAUAUGUACGCUAACCCCCGGCGUCGCAAGCAUUUUAUUCUAGAACAGGAUAUGCGAAAGCAACGGCCCUGCUCGGAAGCUUCAAUAAUUUCAAUCCCUCAGUUUCAGCUCGGCGCUGAGACCUUGCACUAGGAGUAUAUGCACGCGUCUCCUCAAGCUCGAACAUCUUCUUAAUAACCUAUACCUACCCCCAUAAUACUACUGUCUACCCGCUUCCCAUCCCAUGCCUCUGUCUCCCAUCGAACGCCGCCCGUCGCAAAGAACUAGACAGACACCCGCGAAGCUUUGUCGCCCCUCUGGGUAGGACGCGAAGGAAACACAACUAAUAAGCCAAGAUGGCGGACGACUACGAGCUCAAGUCGACUAAGCGCGACGACAAUGAGGCGGCGUCUACCGAACUCAACAUGGAGCCGACGGGAGGAGGGAAGAAGUCGAUUAUUGAUCGCGACAACCAGACUCUUACUCGACUUGGCAAAGUCCCGGUGCUUAAGCGCAACUUUGCUCUUAUGUCCAUCCUCGGAUUCAGCUGCACGGUUAUGAACACUUGGGAAGGAGAGCUGGUGCUUUUCCUUCAAGCGUACGAGAAUGGCGGUUCAGCAGGAUCUAUAUACGGAUUCAUAAUCGUCUGGAUUGGCACGCUCUGUGUCUUCGCAACUAUGGGUGAACUGGCAUCGAUGGCGCCGACGUCGGGAGGCCAAUAUCACUGGGUAUACAUGUUGGCGCCGAACAAUUGGCGCAAGUUUACGAGUUACUUCAUCGGCUGGUUGACGGUCAUCGGCUGGCAAGCCGCUGUCGCGAGUCUGGGUUAUCUUGCUGCCGGUCUCAUCCAGGGUGUCGCUGUGAUGGGGAAUCCGGACUACGUACCGCUGCCUUGGCAGAAACUCCUGCUACUGUACGCUUCUGUCGCGUUCGCGGUGUUCGUCAACACGGUUGUGAGCAGUGCCUUGCCAAAGGUAGAAGGCCUCGUUUUGAUCCUUCAUAUCCUCGGGUUCUUCGCUAUUCUCGUGCCGCUGGUCUACUUGAGCCCUCAUAAGAGUGCCGAAGAAGUCUUUACGUCCUUCUCGAAUGGAGGGGGGUGGCCGACGCAAGGUCUUUCUUUUAUGCUUGGCAUGAUAGCUGCUGUGUUCAACUUCCUCGGCGCGGAUGGUGCUGUGCACAUGUCUGAAGAGAUUCAGAACGCAUCCGUCAUUGUCCCACGAGCAAUGAUUUUCACCGUCCUUUUGAAUGGUACUCUAGGAUUUGGCAGUCUCCUUGCUUUGUUAUUCUGCAUCGGCGACAUAGACUCUGCUCUAAAGUCACCCACUAAAUACCCCUUCAUGGCGAUAUUCCAAGAGGGCGUAGGGUCGCUACAGGGCGCUCAGACCAUGGCUUCGAUUCUUGUAGUCUUGAAUCUUUUCGCUAUGGUAUCCCUAAUGGCUACUGCCUCUCGAAUGACGUGGUCCUUCGCACGAGAUAGGGGUUUGCCGGGUUGGUUCUACAUUAGCAAAGUUGAACCUAAGACGUCGAUUCCAGUAAUUGCAAUCGUUCUCACGACGAUCAUAUCCUACCUUCUAGCCCUUAUCACGCUAGGCUCCUCGGUAGCGUUCAACGACAUCGUUUCAUUGACUGUAAACGGCUUAGACGGCGCAUACCUCAUCGGAAACAGUCUUCUCCUCUGGCGCCGAUUGACUGGCGGUAUCCGACCGUAUAACCGGGAGAACACAGCGUUGACCAACACCAAUCACGAAAACCUAUCGUGGGGCCCUAUGAAAAUCCCAGAACCAUUCGGAACUAUCGUCAACGCAUUUGGCUGUGCAUUCCUCGUCGUCAUGUUAUUCUUUAGCUUCUGGCCGACUCAUGUCAACCCUACUGCCGAAAGUAUGAACAUGAGCGCUCUGAUGGUUGGAGCGACGCUGAUCUGGUCCGUGAUAUACUAUGCCGUCUGGGCGCGGAAAGUGUAUUCUGGGCCGGUCAUUGAGAUUAAUAAUAGUUAGAUUGUUCUUAGGGAGUAAAUAAUAUUAAACGUAAAGAUUCCUAGGUACCUACUUACCUAUCAUUUCCUAUGUCUCCUGAAGUCCUAGGGAUCUUGUAGGAUUGCCAAUGUACCUCUUAGUGCUAUACGGGUAGGAUUUGUGGAAAUGCAAACCGCCAAGUGACGCAGUGCACGAUCUCUUAUAUGACCAAGCUUGCCAAGAAUACUGAGGCAUGCCGAGUCGUAGCCAAGUAUAGGUACAUAAUAGUAAGCCUUAAAGAACGGGGAGAGCUUAUUUUAACGACGAUUCUCGGGGGUUUUCUAUAUGUACUAUAGAAAUAUUUGUUUAUGUAGAAACUUUCUUAAGCUUGGGUUAGUUAUAGGAUAUAGGUACUCUAGAUUCUUACAGCACAACAACAACAACAACAACUUUCAAACCAUCUACUCGCUAAAUGCAUGGUAAGAAUCUUACGCUAACCAAUGUAAUGUGUAGCACCACAUGCGUAGCCCCCAAAGUGGCACAGAUGUUUCUUAAAAGAUGCCUCGAGGCAUAUUUCCCGGCUUCGUCUAGAUUCUUAUUUUAUUC